AUGGCAGCAUUUGGAGGACAUCUUUCUGCGUGCGCAUGGCUUUUAAGGGCAGCCGCGGACCCAGCCGCGAUGACAAAGACGAAGGCCACGCCAUUGCACUUGGCCGCGCAAGGGGGCCAUUUAGACGUGGUGAAGCUCCUGUUGCAGCCAGAGGCCUUCGACAUUGAGCAAGGCGAAUCCUGGCCAAAUGCUUUGAGCACCGACCUCUGGCGGUGCACGCCGCUUCACCGAGCGGCUGAAACUGGUGCAGAAGAGGUUGCGCGCCUCCUGCUGCAGCAGAGAGCAGCAGCGGACAAGGCUGAUCGAGAGGGAAACACUCCAUUGCACAAGGCAGCCAACUUGGGUUCCGGCCCUCUUCUGCGGUUAUUGACCCAGCAAUCCAAAGUGCAGCUGGACUUCGCAAACAAUGAUGGCUUUUCGCCGCUUGACAUCUGUGUGCGUGAGAAGCAUGCGGUUGCUGGGGAAGUAUUGGUUUCAGCAGGGGCAAAGCUUGUCAAGGACAUUCGGAAACAUCCGCCGACACUUCACGCUGCUGCAUCAUCUGGGUUGCCAUUCCUUUGUAGCUAUGUCCUCAACGGUGAUCAGCGACUCAUCAAGAAGCAGAUUGCAGAAUUGGACGGCUCAGGGAGGUCGCCACUCCUUGUCGCAGCCAGUCUUGGGCAUACUGCAGUAGUGGCACGUCUCCUAGAGAUCCCAUGCUGCAGGGAGCAGUUGGAGAGCAUCACAAGAUGCGGCGUUACUGCCCUGCAUGCAGCCGCAUUUGCCGGGCAUCGUGAUGUCCUGGAACUGCUGCUGGAGCGCUCUGCGAAUUUGCAGCUGCCUGAUGGCAACGGGAUAUCUGCUCUUGGUCACGCUGCAAGAGCCGGACAUGUGGAACUUAUGCGCUGGCUCCUCGAGCGUGGCUUGGAGCCCGAUGCUCGCAAUGAUAGCGAGCGAACCGCCUUGCACUUUGCCGCUGCAGCUGGUCAAGUCUCUGCUUGCGAGGUCUUGCUGGACGUUGCUGAGGAGUCAUCUGCACUGCUGGAGGCACAAGACUGGGAAGGGGCAACAGCGGCCCAUAUGGCUAUCAGAGGUGGCCAUGCUGCCGUCUGCCGGCUCCUAGCCACACACCGUGCUGACCUCCAGGCUGACUUGGACUUCGGCGUCACACCCCUGCAGAUUGCAGCCGACUCUGGCCACCAGGAGGUGCUGCUGCUGCUCCUCGAAGAUCUGGCAGGCGACGCGCAUCCAGAUGCCUUGCACAAGGCCCUGACAAAAGGCCGCGUGUCGGAUGGUCGUACCCCAUGGCUCCUCGCAGCAGCCGAAGGGCACCGACAGGGCUGCGAGAGCAUCUGGUGUGCCUCAAAGGCCUGUCUGGGUAUGGACCUCCCGUUAUCUCAUGACCGCGCUGGACGUACCGCAAUGAUCCUGGCCGCAAAAGGUGGCCACGUCGACGUGUGCGUCUGGCUGACUGAAUCAGGUUGUUGCCCUGGCGGCCUCCACGAGCGGGACGCCUGCGGCUGGACACCACUGCAUGCUGCGAGCGCAGAGGGCCACAAGCCAAUGGUGGAGUGGCUCCUGUCCCAAGGAGCUGACCUGCUUUCUGUGGACGAAGACGGCCGCACAGCACGAAAUUGGGCAGAGCUGCGGCAGCACGGAGCAAUCGAAUCUGCUGCAACUUUCUCCUACAUCCUGGCCACGUUGGAGCUGCUGCUGCAUACGGCCUCGACCCUGGAGCUCUACUCAGGCUCCGUUUCUUUCAAGUGCGAGGGCCUGAAUCCGGGCGAUCACGUAGAGGUGACAGCCCCGGUCCGUUACGGCCUCUUGGAGGUAGCCGGUCAGGCGUUCACUGUGCUUCUUCUUUGUGUAUCGCUCUGGUUGAAUUUUCGCGCUGAAUGGCGGAUCUGCUGCAGCUGCGAAGCAAAGGCUCUGCGUGCAGCCUUUGGCGAGGAUUACCUAUGUCGGCCGCUGAUCUGCCCACGAAGCAAGCAUCCAAUGCUUUCCCAGGUCUAUGGAAAAGAGCUGUUGCUGAUCGAAAAAAAUUCAGGUGAGCUUCCGCUAUCGUAUCCAGACUGCUGGGGAGAGGACUCUGACUCGCUGCAGUUGCAGUUCCAGGACUUCUCUGAACAGGCUACACUGCCUGCCCGUCGCCGCACGAAUUUGUUGAUGGUUGGAGGUCUUGGGAUUGUCCUUCUCCACGGCGCAUCCACAUCCUGUUGGGGCUGCAUCAAUGAAAUCACCCUGGGACAAUCUGGUGGACUCUUCGAUGUUGAGUCACAGCUCCUCUUGCUAGGCUCCUGUGGCCGGCACAAUGGAAGCGGCAUUCCCUGUGUGCUGGCAGCUUGCUGCUUGGCAGUUCUAUUGCUAGCGCAGAUGGUCAUCCUGGCCGCAGGUGUCAAAAGAGACGUCCUGCAGGAGGAUGAUCAGAUGGCAAUCACGCUGAUGGACUUCCGUGAGUAUCAGGAUAAUCUUCUGUAUGGGGUCCUGGCAGACCAACAGGUGCGGAGCCAUGUCUGGUUGCGCCCAGAAGCGGAUAGCUGGGACUUCGCGGACUUCCUGCAGGAAUCGACAGCAGCAAGCCGUGGCAAAUGGCGGAGAAGUCAGGGGGUUGUCGGCGGCAUUCGAGUUAUUCGCAACCCGGAGGAGGAGCACUGGAUGGCCGUGCACUGCAAGGGCCUGCCAACGGACGAAGGCCCUUCUACGGUCUACAUCGAGUUCGAGCGGCCUGGCCACACUGACGGAGCAACUGCAUCUGUUCUGCGGCAGAUGGUGCCUGUGGACUUCCUGCCGGGCGCGUUCGUGUGCUCCCUGAACGUCGGCAGAAGGCAGGCCUGGAACAGCCUCUCUCUGAUUCUGUCGGGAGCAGCGAUGGCCCUGAUAAUGUUCGACUUGGGUUUCCACUUGCAGUACUCCGUGCAAGGCACCCUCCUGAAAGAUUGCGAAGACAUCCUCAGCAUCUUGGCAAUUGUGGUCGCUGUCUCGAGCUGGAGCCUCGUGAUCGAAUCAAUGUCCGCUCAGCCCUGGGGGUGCCUCGGCAGAGUUCAAGGAGGGCAAUGGGAAAACGUUGGCUAUGUUCGAGAGAAGGGUCUGCUCUUGUUAAUGCGAGCUCCGCCUGUGCCGCACAAAGCCAGCUCUCAAAGGGAGCUGCGUAGCACGGCUGUGUUCGUGACCUGCUUUGAGCCCGCAUUCCGUGUUGAACUGGCGUGCAUACUGGCCCAAAGCGUUGCUCUGAUCAACUAUGCUGCUGUCAACCUUCACAAGCAACUAGCCUCUGUCCUCGUCCAUCCGGACAAGAACCGCCAUCCAGAUGCGACGCGUGCUUUUCAGCGAGUGGCUGCAGCUUGGGCGACCCUCUCUAACGAGGACAAGCGACGCGCGUACGACCGCGAGCUCCUGGAUGGUGAUCAAUGCGAUGACAUCCAUAUGACGGCAGAGGAAGCCUUCGCAGCGUUCGCUUUUGCCGCAGCCUGCGCAGCAGGUGGCGCAAGUGGCGCCGGCCCAGCUUUCGGAGACAUGGCCGAGACGCUUUUCUGGGCACAACAGCUGGGCCAGAUGAACGGCUGCGGGCAAAGCCAGCUUCUGGGAACGCAAUUGCCUGGCUUUGGUUUUCCUGCGUCUCCCUUCGCAGCGGGCGCAGCUGCGCCAGCUGGGUCGGUAGCUGCGAGCUUUGGCGGCAUUGCCCUGUCAGUUGGCCUUUGGUCUGCUGGCCUGGCCGUCAGCAUCGUGGGCCUGCCACGGAUUGGCGGCUUUGCAAGGCGCUUGGCGGUGCUGCAGGGAAUCAGCCAGGUGGUGAUUGCUUCGCAGGUGCCAGCCGUUCGCAGUGCUGCAUUUGCAGCUGCAUCGCUGGGAGCUGCCAGGGUGCAGCAAGUGGCAGGAGACUUCGCAGAGCGGAAUCCGCAGAUAAGCGGCAUUGCCAGUAAGGUCAAGACUCAUAGCUACCAAGCGGCAGACUCCAUCCGGCAUGUGGUCGACCAGCACGUCAGCAUAGAUGUGGCUGGGGCGGCAGAGCGGGUGAAGGCACACAGUUCCGCAGCAGUCACACAGGUUCGCCGGCUGGUCGAUCAAAGCUGUGGCUCUUCGGACCUCUGGACUGGUCGAUCCUGCUUGGGCUGGUACCCAGAUGAGAGCGACAGCGAAGAGGAAGAGAACUGGUAUGUUCAGAAUAUGAGGCUUCGGCGACAACGUCCAUGGAAGCCUCGGGCUGGUACCUGGGUGAAGCUGUCCAACCUGCAGAGGGCCCGUCAUUUGGAGGGCUCGCUCGGUGAGGUUCUCGCUUUCGACCGUGACAGCGGCCGCUACCUCGUGCAGCUCUUUCCUCCCCAGAAUGCGCCUGUCUUCCGGGGCCAGUGCUCAGAGUCGCCCAUCGUCUCCAAGCUGGUGCUUCUCCAGCAUCUUGGCGUCGAGCUAGUCAUGGAUCAGCUUAAGAUUCAACGGAACGGGAUGGCUGAGAACUCAUUGUGCGGAGAUUUCCUGCUAAGCUUCCAGAAAGCGAUGAACGGAGCGACAGAUGGAGUGCUCGAGGUUAAUGCUGCAGUCAGCAAUGUGGCGCGGCCGCGGAGGAUGAGCUCAGAUCUCCGGCUCGUGGUCCAGGAUGAGGUUGUGUCUGAGUUGCGCGCGCAGAGGCUCGACAUUGAUCAGCUCCAGCGGCAUAGCUCGACACUCCGCGAAGAGAUGGAAAAGCAGAAGCAGGUAGUCAAGCUCCUGAUGCUUUCAAACGAUCAGCUCCUGGCUGUGGUUGAGGAACAGCGUGCCCUCAUUGAGCAGCUCCGCUCAGAACUACGGCUCAGCGCGUCAAGGACAGCACCACCAUCCGUACCUGACUGUGAGAAGGAGGACUGGUUUUUCUGCAAUGUGGGGUUCGGCUUGGAGGCUACUGGAAGCCACCAAGGCGCCUCAGACUAUAGGGUUUGGCCAAUUUGA